GUGAUAUGAAUAAAGACUAGCAAAUGCUUUUAUCUAAAUCUCCAUGUACAUUUACACUAGGCCUUCCUGUACAAAACCGGAGUAAAAGCAUUUGCUAGUCUUUAUUCAUAUCACCCAUUUUUUCGAAUCAUGCAAAUGGUUGCCCGUUCAGGCGUUCAUUUUUCAAAAGGCCAGGCCUAUACCCGUUGAUCCCGCAGAUUUGUCCAGGCUAAUUGAUAUAUCAGCCAUACGGAUUAUAACAUUUUGCAUAUUUCAAAACGACGCCUCGCAUGUAUGUUUCAUAACUAUUUUUCAAUUCUGCGACUCGGCAACCUGAAGUCUGGCUGUCCUUGUGUCACAACCUAUAACAUUCGAGAAGACGGGUCAACUUUGACGGCAGAUAUAUUUGUCAAGGAGUACAUCUAAAUUCCGUGAUCAAGCGUGAAAAUAUCAAAUUAGAUUUGAAAUAUUUCAGGAGUUUUUCGAUACAUUGUAUCCUUAUUGUGACCAUACCAUCACCAUAAUAACUCAAAAUUGAAAAGUACACAGUUUUAGCUUAACAAACUUGUUCAAGUUACCGGAGACAAAAAAAACACAGACACUUGGACGGAAAUUGCUUUCUUAUUGGACCGAGGGCGUCUUUUAAUUUGACCCCACUUCUCAUGCCAGUAACGCCAGACAGCGCGAGAGCUGAAAUGUCAGGGGAGACAACCAUGUUGGAUGACGCCACGAAGGAGCGGUGCAGACGAGAAUUAUUUGAAACUGAAGAAGACCGAAAAAGUCGGUUGGAUUCGCUCAGGACAUGGGUAAAGGACCAUCCAUAUUUGACAGCACGAACAGACGACAAUUUCUUGCUGCGUUUCAUCCGCACCGCCAAGUACUCGUUGCUGACGGCCCAGCAGCGAAUAGAGAAGUUCUGCGUGAGCCGAUCAUCUUUAGGCGACGGGGAACCGAAGUGGUUUGAGAACCAAGUCCUGGACAAGGACGCUUAUGACUACUUAAAAAAAGGGUUUCUGUACCAACUCCCUGGCACCGAUGAUGAAGGGAGAUUGAUCAUAAUGGUCAAAUUUGGUGCCCUAAACCCCAAGAAAAUGGACUUCGAUAUGCUGUUCCGGGCUAUCUAUCUUGUCUUCGACAUGCUGCUCAUCGAUGAGCGGACACAGAUAAACGGCAUCAACAUCCUCAUGGACGCCCAAGGGAUCACGCUAUCCCAUCUAAAACCCUUCACGCCUGCCGUUACCAAGAGAUGUCACGGAGUAUGGCAGGAUGUCUAUCCCGUGCGGCUGAAAGCCAUCCAUUACAUCAACCUCCCCGGCUUCUUCAAGACCUUCCUCGAUGUGUGCAAGCCCUUCUUAAAGGACAAAUACAAAGAUAGGAUGUUUUACCACAAUAAGUCCGAUGCCUCGACCGGGAUUGUCCCACGACGAAUGCUCCCGACAGAGUUAGGAGGGGAGGCUGGUCCCACCAUGGAUUUAGUUGAUAAAACGAUGGAAAGAAUCAAAAAUUGCGGGGAAGAAUACGAAAAGCUCAAGAUGUGCGGUGUGGACGACCGGAAGCGGCCCCGAGAGGUAAUAGAGGGCGACUGUUGGGGGAUGGUGGGCUCGUUUAGGAAGAUCUCCAACUAGUGCCCAACCCACGUUGGAACAUUGGCAUUUUGAAAGGAGUUUCAGUGUUCGUCGAACGCGAUGCCUCGACGAAUUUUGCUGCACGACGUGGAACUUCUUCGUGGGCACUGGUUCCACCAUUGCAUUCAAGUCAUCAUCUCCUUAGCAGGCGCACAAUUCUAGAUUAUGGAGUUGAUCUUACCACACGGUGCAUGAUUGGCUGGGAUGAUGAGGAAGAAAAUUCAACGUUCAACACAAUGCAAUAUAAACAUUUUGCUACACACUUGCCCAAAUAGCACUGGAUUACUGUGAUGUAUAAGAAUUGACCAGGCGAACGGAUAUGGGUUCCAUUAGAGUUCGCGGCAAGAUUUCAGGUGAUACCAGUUUGGCUCCGCAUCAGGGUUCAGAUAAAAAUGAUUGAAGUAAGCCUGAAACUGCAUAGAGCAUUUGCAAAUGACGUCAACGGCUUUGUGUUCAAUGCGUAGCACGCUCGUAGAGAGCCUAUAGCAUCAAUCAAGUCAUUUUCAUUUAUCCUUUGGCUUUGGAAAAUAACUGACCAGUAUCGAAAGCUAUAGUCGCACAUUUAUAUAUUCAACGACCAACUCCAAAUUACACUUCACCUGAAGGGACUGUUAAUUUUCACAUUUUGCCUAACCUUGGUUGUCUCAUCUCGAUCGAAUUCACCAGUAUGCAUUAGUAUACUGGUCUUUUGUGAUAUAAUAGGGUGAUAGGACAUGUUGCAUCUCGUGUGAUAGAGUACUCAUUUCAUGCACUGACUUCGGGUUUGUGGCUCGUGGUUCACAGCGUGCAGAUGCUACGAGACCAGCAGGUUGGAUAAAGUGCAAUUCAUUUUCUGUUUUGCGUGAUGUGUCUCUGAUAAAACGUUUGUUUGAAUAAUGAAAUAAAGGAGUUUUAACACUGUGACAGUAGAAACAAAA